AUGGUAGAGGUCGAAAUGAAUGGUACUACGCCGAGCGUACGUGAUGAAUUGAUCACGGAAAUAGAACUGUCCUUUGGAUUGCUUCACAAAGCUGCGGCAAAUUUCGACAAUCGUUAUAUAUCUCGAGUGUUUCGUGACUUGGGACCUUUAAGAAGAAAGUUGGCCAAAAAUGGCGACGCUUUGGCCACUGUUAUUGAUCGUUUGUACCCCCAUAACAGUGCCAGUAGAGCUUACUUGCUCGAAGUUACAGGAAAGACAGAUGAGUCCAUGGAUGAGGAAACCAAGUCGGCGGUGAAACCAGAAGUCGAUUUGUACAUCCACUUGUUGGUACAAGUAUAUCUUCUUGACAACAAUCGGCUCGAAGAACUCAACAAGUUCAACGAUAAGGUGAUCUACCUCCUUGAGAGCUACAACCGUAGGUCGCUUGACUUCAUUCAAGCCAAAAUUUGGUUCUACAUUUCCCGUACCAAAGAGUUGAUCGACGAUCUUCAUUCGAUCCGUCCCGCUUUGUUGUCGGCAUUGCGUUCUGCAACGUUGCGUCACGAUACCGAGACUGCUGCUUCGACGAUAACACUUCUUCUUCGAAACUACCUGUUGUGUCAUGAGGUAAAUCAAGCCAUGAAUUUGGUGGAGAAGACAGAAUUCCCCGAGAACGCCGGUAGCUCUCUCGUGGCAAGAUAUUACUAUUACCUUGCGCGUAUUAAUGCUAUUCAAUUGGACUACUCCUCGGCAAACGAAUACGUCAUCGCUGCUACUAGAAAAGCUCCUCAAACGCAGCUGGCUGUUGGCUUCUUACAAGCAGCUACUAAGCUCAGCAUCAUCAUAGAAUUAUUAAUGGGAGACAUACCUGAACUCCAGCUUUUCAGAAAGCAGUCAGAUAGCCUUGAGCCAUACUUUAUGUUGACCAAGGCUGUGAGGUUGGGAGACUUGAAGUUGUUCGAAGAAGUGCUUAAAAAGUACGAGCAAGCGUUUAAAAAAGAUGAUAAUUUCACCUUAGUUUCACGUUUACGCCAAAAUGUCAUCAAAACUGGUAUUAGAAUCAUUUCUUUGUCCUACUCCAAGAUUUCCUUGAAGGAUAUAUGCAUCAAAUUGCUCUUGGAUUCUGAAGAGCUGGCCGAAUAUAUCGUGGCUAAGGCCAUUCGUGAUGGAGUUAUCGAGGCCAGUAUAAAUCACGAGCACGGAUAUAUGAAGAGCAAGGAGUUGUUGGACGUGUACUCGACGAAGUUGCCUCAAGAUGAUUUCGAUCAAAGAAUCAAGUUUUGCUUGAGUUUACACAAUGAUAGUGUCAAGUCUAUGCGCUACCCAUCAGCAGACAACCGCUCUGAUAUCAACAAGCACAAUUUGGCCGCCAAGGAAGAUGAGAUGGAUCUCCUCAAGGCCAUUGAGGAAGGAGACCUCGAUGAUUUCAUGGACUAG